AUGCCGUUGUUUUGGUUCCUCAUGUCUUUCAUAACAUCACUCAUCCCACUAAACGGAGUGACCAUCCUACUACCGCUGCACGCGCGCACCAUCCGCUUCUUCAUGGCGGCCUUCUCCUCGCAGAAGCAGCAGCAGCGCAUCGCCUACCACAUCCUCCAAGGCCGCCACGACUUCCGCCGCCUGAGCUACCAGCCGCGCGGGCGGCGACUGAGAACACUGGAGGGCACGAGCCUGGUGAAGCGAGGGCGCAAGGGCGGGCUGCUGGUGGCCGUGAAGGGCAAGGGCGGGGCGCCCGUGCCGAUUGUGAUGCCGAAUCUGUUCAACGGGUCGCAGUUUACGAUCCAUGCGGUGUCUGAGAUGGUCGUGCCGCACGACAUCUACUGA